GAGGCAUUGUACCCGGUUACCGUCAGCCGUUCCAGGUGCUGGAGGGCAGUCGGCUUUCGCCACGGAACGGGCAUAUACGCUUGCAUUUCCUUCUCCGUGCGGGCGAAAGGAAUCCAUCGUGCGUGGUCGGUUGCACGGUCGCGUCGCGUGUUUGUCAUAAUUGUGUGGAGAGAGGAACGCGUGAAGAGACAGCAGAAGAGCGACGCGCGGCUCUCUGGCUUGUUCCUCUAGCCAGCGAGACCGACGGAUCUUCGUCAUUGCCGCAGUAGUAGUAGUGGUUGUAGUGGUAGUGGUUGUAGUCGUGUGUCUGCACUGGGACGCACAGCCGGCGAAACGCGCGCAAGUGGGAGAGAAUCGACGACGGAAGACAGAGAGAAAGACUGAGGGUGGGGGAGAGGACAGCGAGCCAAAGGGGGGAACCUCGAGAAUCGAGGAGAGAAAGAGAAAGAAAGAAAGUAAGGGAAAGAAGGAGAGAAGAAGAAGAAGAAGAAGAAGAAGAAGAAGCGACAGAGACAGCUGUGGAUCGUGUGCCGCUCUAUAGUGCGACAUUCGACGACAACACACGCUCGCUGUGCUUCCCGCUGUCUCUUCUACACCGAGUGCUAAUUAACUUUCGUAUAGUAUAUACGCCACGCCGUACAUAGACGCUCCUUCGCGUCUCCUUCGAGGACUCCUCCGUUUACAGAUCUGUUGUGCUCUCUUCGCGUUCAAACGCCGUUCUUUGUUCCCGCGACUCCUUCGACCUCGAAGCCGCGAGUCGAUCGACGCUGGACACUCGUCGAUCGUUCACGCUCGCGCGCAAACUUCUCUGUCUUUCUCUCUCUCUCUCUCGCGCGUACAUGUACACGUACGUAAGAAAGAGAAAGGAUCGAAAGAGGGGAGGGGAACGUUCGUAAGGGCCGGUUUCUAACCAGACGCGGUUUCCACUUCGAUCGAAACGAUAUACAGCAGUCCUCUUCGCGAGAACACGCGAAAUUUUGGUGGUGAAUAAGUGAAAGAGUCGCGUUCGAAAUACAAGCGACCGAGAGGUAUUUCAGGAUUUUGUGGAAAAAAGAAAAAGGGGGAGAGCCAGUCGACGUUUUUCCCCGCGCGUCACGCAGAGUAUUCGUCGGGAUUGUAAACAGAGAGUCGCGACGAUUCUGGCGAAACGAAUAGACGCUCUUACACGCUUUUAUCGUCGACUGCUCCGCUUCCAACGAACACUUGGCCGAGUGCAGUGUCCGCGGGACUUUGAGAAACGUCACCUCACAGAGGAUGUGCAGAAGGUCGACCUGGUGAAGCAACCUUGGUCGAUGUCAUUCGGGCGACGGCCGCGUCACGAACGGGAUGCGAGAGACGAGCCACGUGAAUGUUGUACGCCGUUGAACCUUCCUUUCCGCCAGGCGAAUUAUUCUGGACCGGCAUGGAGCCCGUGAAAGCCAAAAUGGCACCCGCAGGGAUACCUCCGGUUACCGGUGUCCUACAGCCACCCACGGGCUCAACGCUGUCAGGGGCCACAAUGGCCAACUACAAGAAAAGCUGGUGGAGAAGAGUGGCCCCAUGCUUGGCGUUUCUUGCCGCUUUUUCCACUGCCAUGGCCUUGCUCCUUGUCUGGAGCGAAGCUGCGGCCUUGAGGAGGCAAGCGUUCGACGCCAACAUGACCAGAGACUACGUGUUGAACAGUGUCUCGAUGGAUAAUCCUGAAUUAGUCGCCUACAUCAGAGAGGUUCAACUGAAGCCGACCACUCAGCAGGAUCCGUGGAAUGCCACCCAGACCACGGAGGAGAGGUACGUGACGGGUCUGACCGAGGGAAAGCGCGAGGGCGUGUACGUGGAGUACAUCAGCAGGAUAGGUGCCAUUUCCAGCACUGGCUGGUUAGAACGUAACUUGAGUUGGAGAGGCGUUCUGAUCCUGACUGAUCCCAGAAGCUUCUUCGAGGCGCACAGAAGCACGAGGAACCCAAAGACCAGAGUUCUUCACGCUUGUCUCAGUACCGAUAAGGAUACCAAAGAGAUUACUUAUCAUCAAGAAUCCGAGGUUCAAGUUACCAAGUUAGGCGAGGGGCCCAAUAGUCUCGUGUCGUCCGACGAGGGCCUACCGACUACGAGAUUGAAAUGCUUCCCUUUGUACAGCAUUCUAUUGGCCUACAGUGCCACCACGUUGGAUUACCUGAGUCUAGACAGUCCGGAUGCCCAAGACGGUCAGGUUCUGGACACAAUCCCGUGGGAAACGACCAGGAUAUCCGUGGUGUCUAUCCGCUGGAGCCCUCACCACAGUGAAACCGAGACAAAAAGCCUGAUCGAUAAGAUGACUAGCAGACGAUACAAGCUGAUGUACACGACUGACACCGGGAAAUUGAUCUUUUUGUACAACGCGUUGCUUAAGAUUUGAACUUCCUUGACUGUGCUCGCUACUUCAGACAGACAUUGGGAUCGUUCUACGAUUCCUUCUGUGUGUUUUCGAACGAACGCGAGAUACGAUCCGAUUUGACGAUGAGAAAUAAUCAUUUUUCCCCGAAACAAAUGAAAGUUCACGUGCGAGGAUAGCAUCCGUGAUUCCCAUUUUUAAUGAUUCUGAAUCAACGAAGUCUUGGAUCAUCGAAGCAGUCCCGAUUUCAUUGUCGAAUCAAAAAGACAUGGAUCUUAUCAACGAAACGUAGCUUUCACUUUCCGCAAAAAUAUGUUUCUUAUCGCGCGCGUGCCCGCUCGAUCGUAGAACCGACCCAAGAUUUUUCCUUUUUUCGUCCGUUUAAACUCGAUACAUGUUCUAAUACCGGCGAACGAAUUGAUCGAUGACCCGCAAAUAGCGUGUCUUUUCCUGUUUAUCGUUACUUUGUACUUUCUUCUUUCCUUUUUUUUUCCACGUCAAUUCAACAGACUGACAAAGACUGAGCGAGAACUUUCCCCGAGAUAUAGUUAUCUGCAACGACGUUAAUCGACUAGGGUCUCCGCGUCGAACCUCCUUCGAUUCAACGAUCGAUCACCCUUCGCUCGCGCAAAUGCCUUAAUUUACUGGUGAAACCAAAACGAAAGAGACAAAAUGAGCAGCAAGAGAGAAAACGAGAGAAGAAGUGUAUUUAGUUUCGUAUUUUCGUAUUUUAGCGUAGGUUCGUUUUAAUCUAAGGUUCUAUGCCAGUAUCAGAUCUAAGAUGAUACCGGAUAACGUUUUACGAAUAAUGUAAGAUUUUAUUUGGUCAAAAAAUCGACAGCCUCGUAAUCCUUAAUACUCAGCAAAAGAAAGCGGGGAAACGAAAACGGAUACGUAAUUUAAUGAGCGCUGUCGCAGUGAUAAUCGAUGAGUUACUCGGAUUACCUACACCACGGGCCUUAUUAGCACGUAAGUCGAUACUUAAUUAAGCUAUAGCAGAACACAAUAAACUGGUUGUCCUUUGCUCCUCACCGAGGGAACCUUACCUUCAUCGUUCCUUCUUAUUGAGUCUUUCGUUAGGCUCCGCCGUUCAUCGCUUUUACGACCAGUCCUUUAUUGGGGACAGUUCCAAGUUACUCGACACCAAUCAUAUUCGAGCGCGAAAUUGCUUUCUUUAUUGAUUUUUCACCAUGGCCCUUGUCGUUUGUGGCCUAUAGAGGUUAUCCUUCCACUCACAAUCAAUGGAUUGCCUUUCUUCCAUUUUCUCCUGGGAUACAGACAUUAACAAGCUUCUGUUAAAGAUCUUAGAAAAGAUCUUUCUAAGAAAAAAAUUUAUCAUUUCUCUCGGAUUAAUUAAAGAGCAUACUAAGUAAGAAUAUUUUUUGAAUUAAAAACCGCCAUAAUAGGAGCAGAGGAAAUCAACGCUUCAAGCAACGAUACACGAUUACUUAAUUACGCUCUUCUUACGACGAACUUUGCAGGAUUUACUGGUUGUUUCGAUGACUAUCGGUGAUGGUAGCCUAUUUUUGGUCAACGUUCGAACCGAUAGUUUCGUUCGUGGUAGAUUGAUUAUUCUUGUUAGAUAGAGCGCUCGUUAUCCGCAAUGUUUAGCUAGUAUUUGAGCAGACACGACACUCGGUUCAACAUAGCAACGUUCUACGAUCUGUUACUAUCGAUCUCGUCGAAAAUUACGCGCUGUGCUUACACUUAUUGAUCAUAUAUAAACACACCCGUACGCACUCAUGCACUUGUACGAGUUUCGCUCGUUUGUACUUAUGUUAACAAAAAAAAAAAAGUCCGUCGAACACCACCUGUAUGAUCGUUUAGCUUGAACGACGCGUCUUUCUCUUUAUCUAUUUUUUCCUUUUUCUUUUUUUUUUUUUCGUCACCCCCGAAGCACCCCGAGAACAGAAAGAUUUAUACGUACCAUUUCAUUUUCA